AAAGAAAAUGCGAAGGCACACCACACCAUCAAUUACGAAUUGGUACACCUUGAUCCACCGACCGCUGUCCUAAGAAGAGGCCAGUCGUUUAAUGUCGCCUUGAGAUUUAAUCGAGAAUAUAUAGCUGAAACAGACAUCGUUAGAUUGCUAUUCAAUUUUGGACCAAAUCCGAAUGUUUUAAGGGGAACUAGAGGAGUGAACACUAUUACCCUUAGAGAUAGUUACCUAACCGAUUUAGAGGCAUGGGGUGUACGUAUGGUAGGUCUCAAUGGCGUAGAUUUAUCCGUAGAAGUGAGAAGUCCCAUUGAUAGCCCUGUUGGUGUAUGGCAAUUGAAUGUAGAGACUACCAUCGUGGGAAGCAAAAGACACCCGAAUACUUACAAUUACGAUAAGGAUAUCUAUCUGUUAUUUAAUCCGUGGAUGAAAGAGGAUCUAGUAUAUAUGGAGGACGAGCAGCUUUUGGAUGAGUACGUUUUGAAUGAUGUUGGAAAAAUAUGGGUUGGUCCAUGGGGAAGUUCACGUGGCAGAGAGUGGGUGUUCGGUCAAUUUGAUGCUUGCGUACUUAAAGCUUGCCAGUUGUUACUAGAAAGAUCCGCUAUCAAAGCUGAUUCCAGAAGAGAUCCGGUUCAAAUGUGUAGAGCUAUUUCAAGAAUCAUAAACUCCAACGACGACAGAGGUGUGGUCGUAGGUCGUUGGGACGGCGAUUAUGCCGAUGGUACUGCGCCAGCAGCUUGGACCGGAAGUGUACCGAUCCUCGAGCAAUUUUUGGAGACCGAAGAAUCCGUCAAAUAUGGCCAAUGCUGGGUAUUCGCUGGUGUCGUGACCACUGUUUGUCGUGCUCUCGGUAUACCAUCCAGAGUGGUGUCGAACUUGGUAUCAGCCCACGAUGCAAAUGCCUCGCUUUCAAUUGACCGUUAUUACAACUUGGCCAACGAGGAGUUAGAUUACGAUCCAAAUAAUUUAGACGGCGAAGAUUCCAUCUGGAAUUAUCACGUUUGGAAUGAUGUCUGGAUGGCUAGGCCAGACUUACCUGCAGGCUAUGGUGGUUGGCAGGCUAUUGAUUCUACUCCACAAGAACCAUCAGAAGGUGUUUAUCAAUGUGGACCAGCUUCCGUUGAGGCAAUUAAACAAGGAGUUGUCGGAUAUAAUUAUGACGUGACGUUUAUGCUGGCUUCCGUAAACGCUGACCUCAUGAGAUGGAUGGAAGACUCCGAAAGCGAGUUAGGGUACCGGAAAAUCGACUGCAAUAAGUAUCACAUUGGGCGGAUGAUCUUGACGAAAGCACCUUGGAUUUUCGAUCCUAAUGGCGACAGAGAUAGAGAAGACAUAACGUCCUUAUACAAAGCGAAAGAAGGAUCGGAUGUCGAGCGACUGACACUGUAUAGAGCAGUACGCAGUACGGAACUCGCUAAAAGAUUCUACUCCUUACCCUCACCGGCGAAAGAAGAUGUCGAAUUCGAUCUUGUGGAAAUCGAACGAGUAAAAAUUGGCAAACCGUUUGCAGUUAUAGUGAACAUGAAGAAUAAAUCAAAUGAGAUGCGUAGUAUUCAAGCCGUCCUGUCCGCUGGUAGCGUGUACUAUACGGGAAUCAAGGCACACCUGGUAAAGAGGGCAAAUGGUACCUUCAAUCUCCAACCACAUGCCAGCGAACAGUUGAGGCUCAGGGUCACGGCCGACGAUUAUUUAGACAAACUCGUUGAGUAUUGCAAUAUGAAACUUUAUUGCAUUUGCACGGUUGUGGAGACUAAACAGACCUGGGCCGAUGAAGAUGACUUUCAGGUCUUGAAGCCGAAUAUCGUGAUCAAGAUCGAAGAUGAACCCAUGGUGGGAAGGCCAUCGACCAUCAGCCUCAGUUUUAAGAAUCCCUUGCAAAAGACAUUAACAGACUGUAAAUUUAAUUAUGCUGGUCCAGGAUUAACAAAAAAUAAGACUCUAUCAUUUAGAGAUGUCGAACCAGAAGAAGAUGUUUAUGUGGAACAUCAACUGGUUCCUCAAAGAGCUGGAUCCCAGAAGAUCAUUGCCACUUUCACUUCGAAAGAACUCGUGGAUGUCACAGGAAGCACCACUGUUGACGUUUACGACAUGGACGAAUAAAAUUUUUUUAAUUCGUUAGGUUUUCAUCUUCAUUACAAAUCGAUAACAUACGAUAUUAAUUCAUGAUGUAUUAAUUCAUUGACUCAUUACUCUUGCAUUGUAAAAGUACUCCUUUUCCGGUCGAUGACUAUAUGAUAUCUAUAAAAACGUCUGACUCGUUAUUGAAAUGUAUAGCUAUCUGAAUUACGUGAUUCGUUUUCAGACACGGCUUCAGACCGCGUACAAUUAUAUAA